CAGCCUAACCUUCGUGUGAAAAAGGCCUCCCGGUCCGCGCCCUUCCCAACGCCUCAUCGUGCUUCUAGCGCGGGACGAGGGGCAGUCCCAAGAAAGCCGACGCACUUUUCGACGAAGCCAGCUGAAGCGACCGACACCACGGCGCUUCGACUGAAUCCCUGUCGUCGGGGCCUGUUUCUCGAGACGCUCAACAUUACGUCGAAGGAAGGCAGUUCGUGGGAUGUAGCGCUGAAUCAGGCAGCCGUCGAGGCCCUGUAUUCGGCGGCCUACAUCGAAGACUACCUCGACUGCGUCGAAAACCUGCCCGACGAUGUGCAACGCAACCUCAGCCAGCUACGAGAACUCGACGUCAAGUAUCAAGAGGUGCUGGCCGAACUGGAGCAACAGCAGGGUCUGCUCCGGCGCCGGGACCUCGACGGCAGCCGCAAGAAGGUCAUGCUCCAGAUCCAGCACUCCCUCAUUAAGUCCCAGGAGCUGGGUGACGACAAGCUCCAGCUGCUCCAGCAGAUCCAGGACAUGAUAGAGAAUAAGGCCCGCCAGCUGGACCAGGACUACCGGAACCUCGACCACGAACCCGAGACACGGGAAGCCAAGCGGUCGCGGCGGCAACGCGGUCACGACGACGACCAGCCGCCGUCUGCUCACCCAGCCUGCAACCGGCGGCAGCCCAAGAAGAAACGGAGGCGGGGCGGCUCCAAUGCGGGGGGCACCACGCACCAGCAGCAUCAUCAUCAACAGGCGCACCAGCAAGGACACCAGCAGGGCAAUCAGCAGCGCGGGAUUCCGUCGCCGGCGGAGCCGCCGAUCGACCCGGACGAGCCGACGUACUGCCUCUGCGAGCAGGUCUCGUUCGGCGAGAUGAUCUGCUGCGACAACGAGGAGUGCGCCAUCGAGUGGUUCCACUUCUCGUGCGUGGCGCUCACCACCAAGCCCAAGGGGCGGUGGUACUGCCCGCGCUGCCGCGGUGACCGCAGCAACCAGAUGAAGCCCAAGGGGAGCUAGCCCCAACCCCCCCUCUGCCAAUAAAGAGGUGUCCGGUCCACGGGA